UUAUAGUUCUGAAUUUUAAAAUGACGGCCAUAAUGGAUGACGACAAGUUUACGGAUGAAUUGUUAAGAAUGAUGGACGCGGAGUCACAUUUUGAGAUGGAUGAACUGUCGGAAUCAGAUUCUAUGUUUGGUUGUGAGAGCUCCGAAGAUGAACAAGACAACGACAACGAUCCAGCCGACGGCGAAGAAGUCUCCGAGUCCCUCUCCAAGAGAAACUCCGACUUCAAGUGGACCUCCGACAGGUUCGAACCCAACGUCGUCCCUUUCAAUGAGACCCCCUUCGAGACCGACCCAAUACUCAUGUUCCAAGAAACAAGAGAAAUAGACUACUUCCUACACUACUUUGACCCGGACAUCAUGCUUCAAAUCGUCCAAAGCAUCAACCAAACUUACAGGGAAUAUAUCGAUGACCAGGAAUCCAGCUCGCAUUUGAAGAAAUGGAACGAUUUGACAGUACCAGAAUUCUAUAUAUUCCUGACUUUGUGUAUGCUGAUGACGCGGAAUAAAAGAACUAGGCUGGAUGAACAUUGGUCGACGGAUCAUCUCUUGUACUCUCCGAUAUUUGGUACGCUGAUGAACCGCACGAGAUUCUCAACAUUGCUCUAUCUGCUACGAAAACCCACCAUGUCUACAGACGUCAACAUCAUUGAUAUCUUAAUACAUCAUGCUAGAGCCAAAUUCAAAACAGUCGUCACAUGUCCGUCUAAGAAUCUAUCUGUAAACGAAACUAUUGUACCUUUCAAAGGGGUUAUGACUCGCCAUGACAUGAAGAAGACAGGCAUAAAACUCUUCAUGCUUAGAGACUUGAAAACGAAUAUAAUACAUGACUUUACGCUUUAUUUCGGUGGAGAGAAAACAGAUCAAUUUAUAAUGAAUGGAUUGAGGGCAACAGAAACGGUGAUCGCGAGUUUGUUGAAGGAUUAUUACAAUACUUAUAGACACUUGUAUGUUGAUGAGCGAUAUACAAGUCCAAGGCUAUUCAAAUAUCUGUACGAGAAUGGUAUUUACUCUUGCGGAAAGACAACUCAGAAAAAAGCAGGGAUGCCCAAUUUCAUAAAGAACUUGAAACAGUACGAAGUCUCCGUUGGCUACUGCCCUCCGCUAACCGCCAUCCAAUGGCAUAGUCACAGACAUUACACAUACAUCUUAACCACCGUCCAUAACGAUGGAAUGCUCCCAUUAAAGAAGAGAGACAAAACGACAGGAAACUUCAUAAACAAACCAAAAGCAUCCAUAGACUUUUCAAAGAUCAUGAACAUGAAUUUUGCCGAUAACUCCGAAUUCAUGAUGUCGACGCACCGGAGUCUAUGCCCAUUGCACUGGCAUAAAAAACUCUUGUUCCACGUCGUGGACAUGCAUUCGUUGAAUGCUUUUAACUGCUGGAGAAUGACUAAAGAUCCGUAUAACAGGACGUCCUACGCUACGUUCCAACUGCGACUUAUAAGACAGCUGAUUGAAACGUAUAACAGCAGUACUAUAAGCAUAGAUCGGCCAGUGAAGAGGAACAUUAAUAACUCUGUCAACACUUUGCCUGCAGCGGCAGCGCAGCAUAUGCCGACCAAAGCAGAUAAAUACCAACGCUGUAAGGUCUGCUCGAAACAGAAGAAACGCAGGGAUACUAAGUUAAUGUGCGCAAUAUGCCAAGUAUAUCUAUGUGCUUGCCCGUGCUUUCAAAUAUUCCAUCAGGGCUCUACAGCGGAGACAGAAGCAUUGUCGUAAGGUUAUCAGGUUUAUUGUGUAGUCUCUCUCGCACUUACUUGUUUUAGAAAGAGAUAAAUAGAUGUGCUUUGUAAAUUUAUCUAUGCAUUAUCUACCGCUUAACUCAGACAACGGU